AUGCUAGCAUCCGAUCCUUUCAGCGUUGCUUCAUCUCCGCUCGACCAGGCAUCAUGGAAGGCAACCGGCCCGUCCACCGCUGUGCCGCAUGAACCCAACUCCGCUGGCGGUGCCUUCAGCGGUUCGCAGAAUCGAGCCAUCUUAAUUGCUGCGCUCACAUGCUCCUGUCUUAGCCUCUGUAUCGUCUUAUACGCCCUGGGGAUAUUUAUCCGAAAGAGACGCAGUUUCCGGCAUCGACUUAUCAUGCACCUGAUCAUGAGCAAUACUGUCAAAGCCGGUGUAUAUUUCCUCUUUCCAAUCGUGUCGUUCGCGGCAGGCCCAGUGCAGAGUUCGUCGGAUUGGUGCCAGGCCAGUGGGUAUGUGCUGGAAUUUGGGGUCAUGUCCGCCGACAUGGCCAUCCUCAUUGUUGCUGUACACUCGAUCACCUACAUUCUCCGGCCCAACAGCAAGGCAGGCGAAGGUGGACUCUACCCCUAUCGAAACUGGGUGUACCUUUUCUGGCUGGGGCCGUCCCUCCUGGCCGCCUCUUUGGCCUUCGUCAAGGGCGGUCACGGCUAUGUCACGGCUGGGACGUUCUGCUACCUGCCCAAACGCCCGUACUGGUAUCGACUUGCUCUGUCGUGGGUGCCCCGAUAUCUGAUCAUCGGCGUCAUCCUAGCCAUGUAUAUCUGGCUCUACCUCUAUGUUCGGAUCAAGUUUCGGGGCUUUGACAAUCUCGGGCUUACCGGCUCCUCCCAAAGCUCGAGUUCGGAGUCGAGGCGGAAGUCAUCCAUCAGGCCCGAUGACCUCGAGAAGAACUUGGAUGGUGGUACUGCUCGACCCCUGCCAGUAAGCCCUAUGAGACCGAGGAAUCAAGACGCGCCAUUCCAGCCAACGCCGGCACAAUCCGAGCCACUUGAGCCAUGGGAUUAUAUGAAUUUCAUCACUUCCAAGCCGUUACAGGGCGUGAGCCCUGCCGCUGUGGCGGACGAAGACAAGCCGCCUUACGCCGCACGUGGAAGCAACUGGUCGGGAGACACGCAGACGGCUUUUGGUAGUGCUUCGGUGAUACCAGGCACAUUGGACCACUCCAGGGCUGAAAGUCGAAAGACUUCGGAAGCUGUUACCCUUAGACUCGAACAGGGGCCCAUCAUGCCACAACCUGUUCCCGCCGCCACCGACAUGGUCGCCAAUGACCCCCUCAGACAGACGAGAAACGCCAUUCGCAAGCAACUACGAUCACUGUUUGUCUAUCCGGCCGUCUACAUUCUGAUGUGGAGUUUCCCGUUCGCUCAACACGCCUUGUACUAUGACGACUAUUAUGUUCGACACCCGGUGUUCUGGCUCAACAUGAUUGUGUCGAUCAUGGUGAGUCUCCAAGCCGGCGUGGACGGCCUCAUUUUCUCCUUGACCGAGAAGACCGUGAAAGGGGAAGACCGCUCGUUACGGGAAGGUCUGGCUUGGACAUGGAGCCGCAUCAGGGCCAUCCUGGGAUGGGGUUCUGCAGAAGAACCAGCGCCGCAGCCUGUGGCGACCGGGUCUGGUAGCGAACCAUGCCGAUCUCGUCGCACGCCACAUUGGUGGGAGGCAGAAGGGCGACGGCGAAAAGACAGUGUCUGGUUGGGCACGAGUACUUAUGCAGAUUCCAUCUCGCCGGUGGCUACACGUACACGAUCUAGGAGCCCCGAAAAGCCAGGGAGAGUCGUUCACUCGAGGACCAGGAGUUUGGGACAAGCGUCUCUCUUUGUGCCGACAUUGGGACCCAUCUCCGCGGACGCUGCAGAGCUUGUCUCACUAGCGGAAGAGAUGCAUUCUCCAACGACGACGACAUUGACUCCAGUCUCGUCCAAUGUCGGCGCCACGUCGGGACGGCUUAGUUCACAGAGUGUGCGCCCUGCUCCUGAGACGGGGGCACCACAUAAGGCGAGCAACGAACGAUUCAUGAAAUAG